GUAGCCGAUUGGUUUGAAGAUCCUGGGUGUUGGCAUUUUGGCAACGGUCUUGGUACAGUCCUCCUCCAGUACCAGCAUCGUGGUUGGCGGGAGCUGAUGUCCUGUCAGUUCGCAACGCCAUCCCAUCAUGGGCGCCAACAUUGGUACCUCCGUGACGAACACCAUCGUUUCUAUGGCACACCCAGGGGAUCGCCUGGAAUUGCAACGGGCCUUCCCUGGUGCUACAGUGUAGUUACAGUUCACGGUGGUGACUCUGUUGCCUAUCGAAAUUAUCAUCACUGCCACGACAGAGGAAGGAGGCCGGUUUACUUCAUCUCAAGGGGUCAAAGAGGCUGCCAUGGGAGGUGGAGAAUCUGACUUAAGGUUUCCCUCUCCCAAAGAGAUUGUGAGCCCAUUCACCAAGCUGGUCUUGGAAAUCAAGGCAUCGUCUUUCGGCGCGCUUUGAGGCCCUGAGCUGUGGCACUGACUGCACCAAAUAUUGUGUGAAUUCCGAUGUGAGUAAAGCCUGGAAGAAGGUUGCAGAAUGCAAAAGAGGCUUACGAAACCUCGACUGCUUGCACUGGGAGCGUUUCUGGUCAGAGAUGAACUGCUAUACCAACUCCACGGAAUACACAGAAAACAUCGAGACGGGAAGAACGAUCAAAGGUGGCUUUCUGAAAACGUAGCGGCAUCAUUGGACUGUUACUACUGUCACUGCUUGGUCUGUGUGGAGCCCUGUUAUGGUGAAGCUGAUGCACAGCCUCAAGAAAGUGAUCAUGAAAGGAACCAAUAUGAACGACCAAAUAUCGGUACAACUUUUACCUUCAUGUUUGCGGCCUUGGCUGUUAUGAAGGCGAACAGCGUCCAAAUUGCCUUCUGUCAUUUGCUGUUCAACAUCAUCGGCAUUCUGAUCUGGUUCCCGGUGCCACUGAUGCGCUCGGUGGUCAUCAAAGCUGUUUGCACCCUUGCUUUCUAUGCUUCUUACUGGCGCCUUGUGCCCCUGAUCUACAUCCUGGUGAUGUUUGUAGCUGUCCCAAGCAUUUGUGUCGCUGCUGGUGUGGUGAUCUUCCUGGCCCUGGGCGCUGUCAGAGGGUUCGUCUGGUGGUCCGUUUGGGUGGGCCUACAAGGUGAUCAAGGUGGUAAGCCAAGAGGAGUGUGAAGCUCAUCAUGCUCAGAUGGAGGAAGAGAUAGGUGCUGAGCCCAAGGCGGCUGAGGUGCUGCAGGUGCUGCAGGUGCUGCAGGUGCUGCAGGUGCUGCAGGUGCUGCAGGUGCUGCCGGAGGCUGACCCUAAGUGGGAGAUUCAGACAUCGACCAGCGCGUGCGGUGACUUCAUAUUUUUUUGUCCUUUUGCAGUGGGUAGCGGUUCAGCCGUUGGGAAACCUCACAACACUGCUAGUGUGCUAGUGAAGUGCCGGCUCUCUUGAAGGCGUGCUGCAAAAAGCAACGCAGUGCCAUCCUGUGGUCCGAGGAAUCUGGAGGAGUUAGGUACCAAUGGACCAUCAGCCUGUUUAGCUGACAUGGUCCACAUGGUAUCUCGCUACAUCAAAGAGCCUGAGCUCUUGAGUGCGC